UCGAAUCCCCACCCGAUAUAUCCUCGCGCGAAUCCUUUACCUUUUCCUUGUUUCAUCCGACUUCUCUAUAAAAUUCCAGGGACUUUGUUUUGAUCACCAAACAUCACACGCUCACUUCUUUUGAAAACAGCCUGUCUUCCCAUCUUCACAGCAGCAGCCAGAAGUCAUCAAGAAGAGAGAGAGAGAGAGAUGUGUUUGGUAUUUGUUUGCGACAAGGAAGAGAGGGUUGUGGGCAGGCAGGAGGCGUCAGGAUCGUGUCCGUACUGUGGUGGGGUUGUGCAGGCCAUGGACGUUGAGAGCCAACGGCGGUUUUGUUUCCUCCCUUUCUAUUUCAAGAUAAAAAGGAAAUACUCGUGUACCAUGUGUUCCAGACGUUUGGUGACCCAUCAAUGACACCAUUUUCAUGUAUGUGUAUAUAUGUAUGUGGGAAGAGAAAUAUGUUGCGUUUGGCUUCCUCCCAGAUUGGGAUCUGGUUGGAUAUGGCAUUUGUCAAGUAGGUCUUGUAUGGGAACGGCUUUGACCGUGUUUGAUAGGCUGUUUUUUUUUUUUUUUUUUUCAAAUUUGAGUAAUGCUUGUUUACAACCCAGCUGAGAUUGAGGGAGAGAUGCUACCCAGAAAUCAAAUAGAGAUCCCUUCCAAUCGUUUCCAAUUCCACAAAUUUGUUAACUAAGAAUUGAGGAAUUUCAAGAAACAAAUUAUGUAUCGAGUGUAGAGUUCAAGCAAUUGAAGGCAUACCUGUUUGGGAAGCCAUUACAGAAGGCAGUUAUCGGGAUCUUCCGCACCGUAAAAACGGACGGGACAGAUUCAGAUAUGUAGACUGGGUACCCAACCUUUUUUACAUAGAGAUGUAAGAUGGAGGAGUUUAUAACCCACUGAAACUCCUCCUUUGAAGAUUAGUACAAGGUUUCCAUGCCUAUCCAAAGAUCGUAAGUGUGUCACAUUUCAAGCGCAUAACUUCUCACGCGAAUUUAAGGUUGAUUGCAACUCCAGUGGGGCUCAUUGGUACGCCCGAUUAUGAUAUCCAACGUUUAGGUAGAUUCAAACUAUUGAUCAACUAGGCGGCUUGUCUUAUAUAAACCUUUUAUUCUCUUACUUGGGUCACCUUUUUCAAUUUUUAUGAUUUAUUUUUAAAAAGUAUUUUGUAAAAUAUGUUUUUAUGAUUUUAAAGAAAAUAUUUAUAUGAUUAA